AUGACCCACAAACCUGUUACCAAAAGAUUGAUGGAAAACCAAACUAGCCUUCAUUUGGUUCUAAUACCACCGCCAUUAAAAGGCCACAUAACUCCUAUGCUUCAACUAGCCACAAUCCUUCAUUCAAAAGGCUUCUCCAUCACCAUAGCACACACCCAUUUCAACUCACCUAAUCCUUCUAAUCAUCCCAAUUUCCGUUUUCUACCCUUCUUUGAUGGUUUAUCUAAGACUCAAAUCACAUCCAAGAAUGUUGUAGAUAUUGCUUCAUCUCUAAAUACCAAUUGUGUAUCUCCACUUAAGGAGACCUUAGUUCAUCAUAUGGCCAAAUUAGAAAAGCUUGAUGAAAAAAUUGCUUGUAUCAUCUAUGAUGGAUUUUUUCACUUCAUUGAUUCUUUGGCCAAGGAAUUAAAGCUACCAAGCAUAGUCUUCCGAACAACAAGUGCUGCUAAUAUACUCACUUAUCAUGUCUGUGCUCAUCUUCAAACCAAAGGUUACCUUCCCUUGCAAGAUUCCAAGUCAUCGGAUUUGGUACCAGAGUUGGAGAUGCUGCGAUACAAAGAUUUACCUAUUUCUAAUUUAAAAAAUCCACAUGAUUUUCUACAUGGCAUAUCUAAAACGCUUUCAAUAACACCUUUAGGUGUUAUAUUCAACACUGUUGAAAGCUUAGAAGAUUCAUCUCUAAAUCAUCUUCAACAUCUAUAUAAUGUUAAUCUCUUCCCCAUAGGCCCUCUUCACAUGAUUGCCAGUGAGUUUGAUAAUAUCAGCAUUCUGCGAGAAAAGGAUAAUUGUAUAUCUUGGCUAAACAACAAACCAAGAAAAUCUGUUUUAUAUGUAAGCUUGGGGAGCAUUGCUAGUUGGGAAGAGAAAGAGCUAACUGAAAUGGCCUGUGGCUUAGUGAAGAGCAGACAAAAUUUCCUUUGGGUUAUUCGACCCGAGACAGUUACGGAUGUUUCCGCGUGGUUAGAAUCGUUGUCGGAAGAUGUUAAACUAGGUGUAGUAGAGAGAGGUUGUGUUGUGAAAUGGGCACCUCAGAGUGAGGUUUUGGCACAUGAAGCUGUUGGAGGUUUUUGGAGUCAUUGUGGUUGGAAUUCAACAUUGGAGAGUUUGUGUGAAGGAGUACCAAUUAUUUGUCAACCUUAUUUUGGAGAUCAAAGGGUAAAUGCUAGAUUGUUGAGCUAUGUUUGGAAGGUGGGUUGGGAAUGGUGUAAUGUCAUGAAAAGAGAUGAGAUUGAAAAGGUGGUUAGAAGACUUAUGGUGAAUCAAGAAGGGGAGGAAUUGAGGAAAAGAGCAAUUGAAUUGAAGCAUGAGAUUAGGUUGGCUUUGAGUGGUUCUUCAUGUGAUGCAUUAAAUGGGUUGGUAAAGUGUAUCCUAUCUGUGAAUGUUUGA